CUCCCUCUCAUUUCUCUCGACUCCUGCCUGGCAUAACCCCAAGAAUGUCCACCUCCUCCAUCGAACCGUCUUCCUAUGCUUCUGGAGCUCUGAAGAUCUCCUUCCUCGUUCGGGGUCGAAUUGUUGCCUUCUUGAAUCAGGUGGAGGCGACGACGAUGACGAUCUUCGUUGCGGGAUCGAUCGUCAGGACUCGCGCAGAGGGUGCGGCGUGGGAAGUCAAGAAUCAGCGUUCCUGGGGACCCCAGGUGCGCAGAUUGUCAGGGAGGGCGCGACGGUGGGCUGGGAACCGGGUAUAUGAAGGCGGUGGUGUACGCUGCAACUCGUGGGUCGUCUUUGCCCCAUGGAAGGUCGAUGACUUUAGUACAAUUGUAAGUGCUGAAGCUCUAAAACGCCCAUUGGAAGAUCUCACUAGUGCUGUCAGUUGACGUGCUAAUGAGAGCAAAUUGGAGAAGAAAAGACAUGCAUGUUCGAGCUUACCUGCAAAAAGGACGAGGAGAAGGAUAACACACGCGAUCUUCGCCCCCAUGAUAAAGAAGGUUAGAAGGUUCUUGUUCACCAAAUUAUAUAUUUGAUGGUGACUACAAUGUGAAGUUUAUAUAGAGGAACUUCAUCACCCAUAUCAAUUGAAUUCACCCCCCUGAUAAAUAAGAUUUGGUAGUGGAUGCCAUAUUUUCUAGCACAUUAAGGGGGUUUAUCAACACUAUACAACUGAAACAUUUAUAAUUUUCAAGUAUCAAAUCAUGGAAACACCCAAGAAUUCCAUGGAUCAAUUAAACAAACUACAAUGUAUAUAUAUAUAUAUAUAUAUGUAUAUAUACCUAUGCAUGGUUCGUCAUACCGACCCAUACCAUCUAGUAUGGGCGACAUGUAUCGGUUCAAUAGGGGAUCGAUAUGCAUACUAUCCUGUACUGGGCGGUACUAUAACAUGACCUCAUAUCGGGCGAUACGAGAUAUGUACCAGGUAGUAACGAUCAAAAUCCAAUCGUUACCAACCUAUACCGAUCGGUAGCAAUGAGAUUUCAACCAUUACAAAUCAAGGGCUGAGAUUGCUCUAUUUUAAAUGGUCAAAUUGAUCGUUUGAAUCAUAGUAAAGAGAUUUUAAACCCUUUUCUCCCCUCUCUUUUAACUCAUAUCACUCUCUCAAUCUCUUUAGCUCUCUAAAACUCAAUUUCACUCGCAUCUCUCUCUCAUUCUCAUAUUUUUACUCUCUUAAACUCAACAAGGCUACAAUUUAUGGAUUGAAUCAAAUUUAAAAGGUUUAAGAGGAAGAUUCUUGGUUAGAAUGUGGUGGGAGGAGCCGGACAAAAUCAAGUCAAAUUGCUCGAGGAAUUAGAGACACCAAACUGUCAUAAUCAUCCGCCCAACAUGCAAAGGCAAAGGCAAAGUGGAAGGUAGUAGCAUCAAUUGCACCGUUAAAAAAAAUCGAGUCGAGCGACGAAACACCUUCUAAAUCGUAUUUAACAACCUUCUCAGUCUACAGAAAUGACAACGACGUGAACAGUAGUGCCUUAACCGAUGAUGGCGAUGACGUUGGGGAGUCGAUGGUCCUAUCUCCGUAAUUUGAGGGUGGUGCAUUGACCGAGAAGCAAUAUUUUACACAUGCUACCUAAGAUUCAUAUCAUGGAACUCGACGAGGUAUUGGUCAAGUUUAUAUAUGGGAAGGGAAGGUAGUAGAUGAUUUUAAGCAGAUGCAACAAAACUUACACCACGUAGACAUAAAACGAAGCUCAUCGUAUUCACAACCAUCGUAUCAUGGAGAAUCUUAUGCCUAACAACAAUACGGUGAUAGUUGGUCAUACUUCUCCAAGCAGUAGUACAAUGAUUGAUCUUAUGAUACAGAACAACAGAUCAAUAGCAAAAGUAUAAGUUUUGGUAUUCUUCAUGCUCCACGCUAAUACAUGUCAUAAUCGUACUUGUCUUAGAAGCCACCUCAGACACAUGUGAUUCAUGAUGAUCAGACUACGACCAUCACUACAUUGAUGCAUCAAUGACAUACGGAGUAUCAAUAUAU